UCUUAUAACGCGUUUCAGCCUCUUUCUCGUCUUCUUCUUCUUACCGUGUAUUUUGUUUGUUGCAUAAAUUGAAAUUGCGCGGCUCAACGCAGGAAUGAAUCAUUUGUGAAGAGAAAAGAUAUUAAUCUGUUUGUUGUGAAGUUGAAUUUGACAUUGGAUGGAGUCUCGGAGAGAUCGCAGGGCAGAAGCUCUUGGAGACCUUCGAGUCCUUCCCGACGAAAUCCUAUGUGCAAUUUUGGAACGUUUCACUCCCCGAGAUGUUGCUCGCGUAGCUUGUGUUAGCAGUGUGAUGUACACACUAUGCAACGAAGAACCUCUGUGGAUGAGUCUAUGCCUAAAAGAAGCGACUGGUUUGCUUCAAUACAAAGGCUCUUGGAAGAAAACUGUUCUGCAUAAUUUGAAUCUGGCCGACAAAUACAAAGAAUACCAUAGAGGACCUUUAUAUUUUGAUGGGUUCAACUCUUUAUUCUUGUACAGGAGAUUAUACCGCUGUCAUACCACAUUGGGUGCUUUUCAUGCGGAUACUGGAAAUGUGGAAAGAAUAAAAGACAUCUCAUUGAAGGACUUCUAUAAUGAGUAUGAUGCAAAGAAACCGGUUAUGCUCAGUGGAUUGGCUGAUACAUGGCCCGCCAGGCAUAAAUGGACAACUGAUCAGCUGUUGCUAAACUACGGAGAUGUAGCAUUUAAAAUUUCUCAACGGGGUGCCCGAAAGAUCUCCAUGAAGUUCAAGGAUUAUGUCUCGUACAUGAAAGUUCAGCAUGAUGAAGAUCCCUUGUAUAUUUUUGAUGAAAAGUUUGGUGAAGCUGCACCUAGCUUAUUGAAGGAUUAUUGUGUGCCUCAUCUUUUUGAAGAAGACUUCUUUGAUGUCUUAGACACAGAUAAAAGACCAUCCUAUAGGUGGCUCAUAAUUGGACCAGAGAGAUCUGGUGCCUCUUGGCAUGUUGAUCCAGCUCUUACCAGUGCAUGGAAUACUCUUCUUUGUGGGCGUAAAAGGUGGGCAUUAUAUCCUCCAGGAAAAGUGCCUUUGGGUGUGACAGUUCAUGUUAAUGAAGAAGACGGUGAUGUCAAUGUUGAGACUCCAUCAUCACUGCAGUGGUGGCUAGACUUUUAUCCUCUUCUUGCUGACGAAGACAAGCCAUUUGAGUGUACACAGCUACCUGGAGAAACAAUUUAUGUUCCAAGUGGAUGGUGGCACUGUGUGCUAAAUUUGGAAACAACUAUUGCUGUGACGCAGAAUUUUGUGAAUUCCAACAAUUUCGAAUUUGUAUGUUUGGAUAUGGCACCUGGUUAUCAUCAUAAAGGAGUUUGCCGUGUUGGGUUGCUUGCUCUUGAUGAAGAUGGUUAUGAAAAUGUCAGACAGAACAUGCCAUGUAAUGAAAAGAACUCAAGUUACAACGAUUUGUCAAGGAAAGAGAAAAGAGCCAAAACUCAGAAAGAUGCAGAUGGUCUAUUUAAUAAAAGAGCCAUAAAUGGUGUAUCUAGAAGCUACAAUUUAUGGAAAGAUGGAUUUUCCUAUGAUAUAAACUUCUUAUCCAUGUUUUUGGAUAAAGACAGAGACCACUACAGUUCCCUGUGGAGCUCAGGGAACAGCAUUGGUCAGCGAGAACUAAGAGAAUGGCUAUCCAAGCUCUGGAUUCAAAAACCAAACUUAAGAGAGCUAAUAUGGAAGGGAGCAUGUAUUGCACUAAAUGCCAACAAGUGGUUAGAAUUCCUAUCAAAAAUUUGUGCCUUCCAUAAUUUGCCCCCUCCCACCGACGAUGAAAGGCUUCCAGUUGGUACGGGUAGCAAUCCUGUUUAUUUAGUGGGAAACACUGUUGUUAAGAUUUUUGUUGAAGGAGGACUGGAAGCUUCACUUUAUGGUUUAGGCACAGAGCUAGAGUUUCAAAGCCGGUUGCAUGAAGCCAACUCCCCGCUUAGUAAACAUAUACCUGAUGUUUUGGCCAGUGGAAUUAUUUAUCUUGAAAAUGGAUCUUGUACCAAUUUAAGUUGGGAUGGAAAAGGUGUACCUGAUAUCAUUGUGAAAAACAAUAUCACCAGUAGGAAAUGCAAUGUUGAUGAUUUCUCAUUUGGGGUGUGGGGCAGGAAACAGUUUGAGUAUAAGAAUGCUGGGAUGCCUGUGGAUGAAUCAGGUAGCUUAGCUGGUAACUCAUACAUAUGGCCAUAUGUGAUAACAAAACGUUGUGCAGGGAAUAUGUUUGCAGAUCUAAGAGAUAAACUGACAUGGGAAGAUACAACAAACUUGGCCUCAUUCUUGGGGGAGCAACUGCAUUAUCUUCACCUGUUGUCAUAUCCGCCUCCAAAUAUCUCAUCUUUCUCUGAUAUUGAUCAUGAAUUAAGCUUGGUUGAGGCCAAUGGUUGCAUUGCUACUGUUAACAGUAAAUCAAAUGUUACAGCAGAAUGGUGGCUCUUCACCAGAACCUUAGCAAAGAUGAGGAAAGAUGUGUCAACCCGUUUGACCAAGUGGGGUGAUCCAAUUCCUAUCAAACUCAUUGAGAAGAUUGAUGAAUAUAUUCCACCCGAUUUUGCUGAGAAGUUUGGAAACUAUGCUUGUAAACCUUGCUCCUGGAUACACACGGACAUUAUGGAUGAUAACAUUUACAUGAAACCAUCAUUGGUUUGCUCUACCGCUGCUGCGAAUAAUGAAGAUAGCACCAUGCUGGACAAUGUUUUGUUGAGUAAUUAUGAAGUAAAAUCAUGGUGUCCUAGUCACAUUCUUGACUUUAGCGAUCUUUCAAUAGGUGAUCCUCUUGUUGACUUGAUACCAAUUUAUUUAGAUGUGUUUAGAGGUGAUUCACGUCUCCUUAAGCAGUUUUUAGAAAGUUACAAACUUCCUUUUGUUCGUGAGGUAUCAAGGUGGGAGUCAACAGAGGGUGAUCAAAAGUUUGGCCGACUUUCAUAUCUUGCCAUGUGUUAUUGUAUCUUGCAUGAUGACAAUGUAUUGGGAGCUCUUUUUAGCAUAUGGGAAGAACUGAGGUCGGCACAGUCAUGGGAAGAAGUUGAGGUGGCAGUGUGGGGGGAACUGAACAAUUACAAAGGCUUUCCGUGACCAUUGGCAGCAUUUAAAUAUUUUUGGAACCGAAUGCACGUCGGAGCCUCAGUGAUGAUAAAUAUUCAACUUGUCCUGUACUAUAUUCUGUACCCGUAAAUGAGAGAGGAGAGUUCAGCACAUGUAUUUUUUUGUCGUUAGCUUUUUCAUUCAUUACAUUUUGUUUGAUAAUUUAGUUGCGGAGUCAUUACAUUUUUGUUUGAAUAUAUUAAUAUAUACGUGACCCCAAAAAAUUCACAA